AUGCCGAUCGUGGAGAAGCUGAAGGAGGUGCUGAAGGCGGGCCGGCGGGAGGCGGGCGAGGAUGGGGAGCUGGGCCGGCUGCUGGCCGCCUCGGCCAAGAAGGUGCUGCUGCAGAAGAUCGAGUUCGAGCCCGCCAGCCGCGGCUUCUCCUGCCAGCUGGAGCUGCUGCGGGGGAAGUACGUGCUGCUCAACCCCCGGGCCGAGGCCGCCGGCCGCCACGGCGACCCCGAGGAGGGGCUGCCCGGCAAGCAGGGCGGCGACCAUGUCCCGGGGGGCCGGGGUGACGGGAUCCCCGCGCCCCAGAAGGUGCUCUUCCCCACGGAGCGUCUCUCCAUGAAGUGGGAGCGGAUCCACCGGGUCGGUGCCGGGCUGCACAACCUAGGGAACACCUGCUUCCUCAAUGCCACGGUGCAGUGCCUGACCUACACGCCACCGCUCGCCAACUACCUGCUCUCCAAGGAGCACAGCCGUGCCUGUCAACAAGGAGGCUUUUGCAUGAUGUGCAUUAUGCAGAACCACACGAUCCAGGCUUUUGCCAACAGCGGCAAUGCAAUAAAGCCAGUGUCCUUCAUCCGAGACCUCAAGAAGAUUGCCCAGCACAUCCGCUUCGGGAGACAGGAGGAUGCACACGAGUUCCUGCGUUACACCGUUGAUGCCAUGCAGAAGGCCUGCUUGAAUGACUGUACCAAGUUGGAUCGCCAGACCCAGGCCACGACGCUGGUUCACCAGAUCUUUGGCGGUUACCUGCGGUCCCGUGUGAAGUGCUUGGAGUGCAAGAGCGUCUCGGACACCUAUGACCCUUACUUGGACCUGGCACUGGAGAUCGGGCAAGCCGCAAACGUAGUGCGGGCGCUGGAGCUGUUUGUGAAGCCGGACAUGCUGGGUGGGGAGAACGCCUACAUGUGUGCCAAAUGCAAGAAGAAAGUGUCGGCCAGCAAACGCUUCACCAUCCACCGAGCCUCCAAUGUUCUCACGCUCUCGCUGAAGCGCUUUGCUGACUUUGGUGGAGGCAAAAUCACAAAGGACGUGGGAUACCCUGAGUUCUUGAACAUCCGCCCUUACAUGUCUCAGAGCAACGGGGAUCCUGUCAUGUAUGGACUCUAUGCAGUGCUGGUGCACUCUGGGUACAGCUGCCACGCAGGGCACUACUACUGCUACGUGAAGGCCAGCAAUGGGCAGUGGUAUCAAAUGAACGAUGACCUGGUCCGCUCCAGCAACAUCAAAGUGGUCCUCAACCAGCAGGCCUAUGUGCUGUUCUACCUGAGAAUCCCCAGCCCCAGGAAGAGCUCGGAGGGGCCCAUUGCCAAAGCUGCCUCCAGCCUGCCUGGCCGCACUGGCGGCAUCUCUGAUCAGGUCAAGAAAACCGUGACCAACGGGCCCCUGUCCUCACCGCUGAUGGACCGGAAACCAGACAUGCUGCCAGGGAAGAAACUGCCGGGGCCGGAGGAGGUCGGAGUCCCUGUGGCCCGCAGCACGUUGGGGACGGGGCCGAAGCUGCCAAACGGAACCGCUCUGCCGAAGCUGCCUGCUCGGUCCCUGUCACCCAAACUGCCCCUCAAAGCCACCCACACGGCCACAGCACUGCCCAAUGAUGCAGCCCGGAGGUCCAAGAAGCCGCGCUCCUUGCCGCCCCUGCCUUCCGCGCACAGAGCAGUUCAGGACUUCUGCAACACCAGCAACGCAAGCGGGGCCAAAGCGGGGCUGUCCCAGCAGAGCUCCCGUGAGAGCAAGCAGCCACCUACCUCAUCCAAGCUGCUGCUGGAGCCCAGCCCCAGCCAGGAGCCCGGGGGCAGUGGGGAGAACGCCAGGACCCUGGAGGGGGACUCCUGCGGCAGCAGUGCUGCCAGCCCAGUGCACGGCACAGUGGGGAAGCUGGCCAAAGAGUCCCAGAAGGCCAAGAGCAGAACCGGCACCUUCUGCGCCUCUCAGGAAACGGACUGUGGCACGGACCUCCCUGCUGGCCCCGGCGCUGAGCCAGCUGCCCCCAAAGACUCCAAGCCAGCAAAACCAAAAUCCUCCCUGUUGGCCAGCGCCACUCCGGAGCUGAGCACCACCACGUCACCACCACCAGCCAAGAAGCCGGCACUCUCUGGCAAAAAGGGCAGCACCUCGCAGAAGGCGAGCAGAAGUGACCGCCACGCACAACCUCAACCACAAUUUGCUGACAGCACCUGCCCCACGAACACCACCCACCCCAAAUCCGCUCCCCGGCCUUUCGGCAAGUCGAGGCCAUCCACAGCUGCUGUCAAACUGCCAAAGCCUGAAAAGCCUGCCUUCAGCUCCAUCAACUCAGCCCCUGGGCUCCCAGCCUCCUCCCUGACCAAUGGUUCCACUGCCCAGCCUUCGCACCACCUUCCUCCGUGCAGCAGGGAGACGGGGCCCAGCCAGGUCUCCCCUGGUUCCUCCAAAAAGAAGCAGCAAAAGCAGCAUCAUGGAGCAGACGGCAGGCCUCGUGCUCCAGCUGUGAAGGGCAAGGAUGAAGUCUCCAACCCCCCCAGGAAGAAGAAGAAACUCACUCAGCAGGGCUCGGUGGCCCUCGCGAGGAAGGAGGCGGCAGGCAAGGGUCCCAGCGGUGACUGGGAGGGGCCGGGCUGUCAGGACCUGGAGAGUAGGCCCAAGCAGCAAGUGUCAGACCCUACUGCUUCCCUGGACGCGGGGCCCAUCUCCCCCACCAAGAAGAAGAAGAAAAAGAGCAGAUUGGAGGAGAGAGAAAAGCGCUGCUCUGGGACGCUGUCCUCGGGCAGCUCUAGGAUGGCUGAGACGGAGCCCUGGAGGACAAAGCAGCAGCAGAGCCCGGAGGCUGGGGCUGGAGAGAGCGAGCACCGCAAGCGCAAGCGGAGGGAAAGCCUCAGCAGCCUAGCCUCGGAGUGGCCAGCUGACGGCACCCCAGCGGCCGCAUGCACCUGGGACAGCCAGGCUGGAGAUGGGUACAGGCGCUCCCCGGCUGCCCCGAGCUCUGAGCCUGGCUGUGGGGCUGGCGCAGCACCCGGGAGCCAGGAGGAGUCCGGUGUGGUGGAGGAGCUGCUCAGGAACUCCUUGGACAAGGCUUAUGGCAACCAUGUGUUGACCUGGGAGGGUGAGAUCUCGGCUGUCAGCCAGGAUGCCGUUCAGGAUGCAGCGUGUGCCCGGAACAAGACUGUCAUUGAUGAGUGGGAUGAGGAGUUUGACAGAGGGAAGGUAAAGAAGAUUAAAAAAAUGAAGCGGGAGCGGAAGAGACACCUCAGUCCCUUCCAGCAGUUGCAGAGCAAGCGCAACUUCUGGUCGGUGACGCAUCCUGCCAAGGUGGCCGGCCUGAGCCACCGGCUCUGAGGUUGAGAUCUGUGUCCCCCAGCCGGUGAACGGAGCAGACCUGGGUCAAGGACUGGCGGGGGAGUGCUGUCCUGGGAGCUGCUGGUGGACCCUCCUGCAGAGGCGGGGGGACACUGGUCCCGCAUGUCUCCAGGGCCCUAGCCCUGGGGCUCAUGCUGUGCUUGGUGUCCCCUGCCUUCCCCUUCUCGGAGCUGCUGUCCCUGCAGGCCCUGGCAUCCCUGCGGGCUGGGGCUGCUUCACUCUGCUCUCCAGCUGAGGAGGAGCCCGUCCAGCUCUGCCCUGCCUUGUCCAGGCUCCUCCACCAGCUCCUCUGUGCCUCGGGCUGGAGCAGCCCCCUCUCCCACCCAGCCUCGAGCUUAAAGCUCGGGGGGUCUCCUGCAAAGUGCCUGCAGAUCGUCCCUGCUGCUCCAGGUUCAUGUGCCACCCACCCACCCAUCUCCGGCCCUGUGGGGAGGGGGACACCAGCCCACGCUGCAGUGCUGGGAGCACCAGGGCUGGUGUUCGUCUCCCGGGCAGGGUCCGGGGCUGCUCCGACCCCUCUCGCCCUUCUCCUGGACCCCUCCUGCUCCGUGCCCGGCUGACACACACCCCCCCAUACCCCCCCCCACCCCAACACCACC